ACGGAACGGACGGGUCGGAGAAAGGCGUAUCGUCCGCGUGUUUGCUCGCCAGUGGACCGACUAGUCUUCGCGAAGUGCUGUUCGUGCUAAUCAUCGUCGGAUUGCUCGUCAAUUUUUUGCGCUUUGGUUUGCUAUCAGCGUCGCACUUAAAUUUGUUAGAUAACCGGACGACGUCUUUUUGACCGGGCUUCGCGACGAUGAUUCGCUCAGUUUUGCUUCGGCACGGUGGCAAGUGGUACUGCGGCACAGCAGCAUCAGUCGGAUCCCGUUUAAGUGUGAACUACCAGACACCGAUCAGAGCGAUGCAUAACAAUCCGCUACGGCAGAGCCAAGCGUACGUGAACGGGCGCUGGGUGGGAGCUCGUUCCGGAGCCACGUUCGAGGUGCAGAAUCCGGCCAAUGGGCAGGUGCUGGGAGUAGUGCCGGAUAUGACCCGGGAUGAUGUGCAGCUGGCCAUUGACGCAGCGUACGAUGCGUUCUACGAAAAGGGCUGGCACAAUAGUACCGCCAAGGAGAGGGCGGCCCUGCUGAAGAACUGGUACGCCCUCAUGGAGAAGAACCGACAAGAGAUCGCCAGUAUUAUGACGGCCGAAUCGGGGAAACCACUGGUAGAAUCUCUCGGUGAGAUCACCUACGGAAACUCCUUCGUCGAGUGGUUCGCCGAGGAGGCGCGCCGGAUCUAUGGCGAGAUUGUUCCAUCGCCCGUCGCUAAUCGGCAAAUCAUGCUUACGCGCAAUCCGGUUGGAGUAGCCGGGUUGAUCACUCCGUGGAACUUCCCUCACGCAAUGAUCACGCGCAAGGCCGCCGCCGCUAUAGCUGCCGGCUGCACGGUCGUUAUCAAACCGGCCGAAGACACACCACUCACGGCACUCGCAUUAGCCCGCCUCGCCGAGGAAGCCGGCUUCCCGAAGGGCGUUAUCAAUGUGAUAACGAGCAGCCGAAAGUACGCGCCCGAAAUUGGACAGCUGCUGUGCACGAGCGAUAAGGUUGCGGCGAUUUCAUUUACCGGCUCGACCGAAGUUGGCAAACUUCUUUACCGCCAGUGCGCCGAUGGGGUGAAGCGCAUCGGGCUGGAACUUGGCGGAAACGCUCCGUUCAUAGUGUUCCGCACGGCAGACCUAGACAAGGCGCUGACCGGGGCCAUGAACUCCAAGUUCCGCAACUGCGGUCAAACGUGCAUCUCCGCCAACCGGUUCCUAAUCGAGGACGAAGUGCACGAUAAGUUCGUGGAGCAACUAAUUGAGCGCAUUGGAAAAUUGGCCAUUGGUGACGGCGCCAAAGAAGGCAUUCAGAUUGGUCCACUCAUUAACGAGGCGCAGCUGGCCAAGGUGGACCGGUUCGUGCGAGAUGCAGUGGAAAAGGGUGCCACAGUACGUUGUGGUGGUCGUGCUCGCCCCGAUCUAGGUCCACUCUACUACGAACCAACGGUGGUCACGGACCUGCGGGACAACAUGCUGCUCUACAACGAGGAGGUGUUCGGACCGGUCGUGUCCGUAGUGCGCUUCAAAACCGAAGCGGAAGCUCUUACCAUCGCCAACGGGACACGCCGCGGGUUAGCCGGGUACUUCUUCUCCAACGAUCUGAACCAGGUGUUCCGGGUGGCGCGAGAACUCGAGACGGGUAUGAUCGGCAUCAACGAGGGGCUCAUCUCGGCGACUGAGGCCGCCUUCGGAGGCAUCAAAGAAUCGGGUAUCGGGCGCGAAGGUUCACGCCACGGUAUUGACGAGUAUGUCUACAUCAAGUAUCUUUGCUACGGAAAUUUGCAGUAAAAAACGGCAUCGGUGCGCGACGGAAGGUGCCGCCAGCCCUCGCUAGUCAACCCGAUAUCGACACACGAUAUUAAAAUGUGCACAAUAAGCCGCCAUUGCAAUAACUGCAUUAUGCAUUAACGAUAACUCCAUUUAACGUCUUCCACUCGCGUUGGAAAAGAAAUUACCAGUGCUAGAGUUAAGAAAUUCAGUGUAUAUGUAAACCAAACUGUUGUAACCAUUCAAUGCUAUGUGAAAUA